AUGAUGUUGACCAAGCUAGGGUAUGUGUCGGGGCAAUAUAAUCCCAACUUUUGGAUUCUUCUGCAUGGGGUUUACAUCGCUUGGUGGUUGGCUGGGUUGGGGGAGACAACAUUUGAGCAGUUCAUGUACUUGUAUUCGAUUUUGAAGCAACAAGGAAAUUUUGGCUGGGUACAAGACAAUUGUCGAAAGGAAAAUGAAAGGGGUUAUUUUAUUGGUCACAAGCCUUCUACUCAGAAGUCCUGGAGGAACAGGUGGUAUUUGGCCUACGGUGACUGGGAGUGUUCGUCAGGGAAGACCGUCACCAAACACGUUCCUACCUACUUUCAGUCUAUAGUGGCAGGUGUUAUAAAGGGAAGCACGAAGGUGGUGGUGGAUAUUGAUGAGGUCGGGAUGCAGAAGCGAGUGAGGGAGUCUCGGGCUAAGAAGGCGGAGAAGGGCAUUGCCCAACAGGUGACUGGGAAGCGCCCUAGAUAUGACGAGGAGGGGCAGGUUGUCGACGUGAUAGGAAAGAGGAAGGCGUUGGAGGAAGCUCACCAGAGUGUGAUGGGGAUAGAGUCGAGGCUUCCUCCUUUUGAUCUGCAAGCACCACCAAAGCUCCACUUCGGUAUUGAGGAUAUUUUUGCUGAAGGGGUGGAGAAUGUGGACUUCUCCAGGCUGCGUCGGUAA